AUGCGCGAUUGUUGUAUCUGCUGCGGCCUGCGUGUAGCCGACCAGCCUUCCUGGUUGGAGACAUUCCGUGUGCUCUAUUCCACGCCUGAGGGCGCCUGUCUGUCGGACAUUGGACGUGGCAACUGGCGAGGGCUCAGCUAUCCAGCCCCUGUCCACGAUGGCCAGACGAUUCACACUCGAGACUUCUUCUGGGAAGUGCAAGACAGCACGAAGACGGUCGUGCUCCUCCAUGCCGGCUGCUGGACGCUUCUUUGUCAACAUUUGGCCGAUGCAGAGGUCCCUCUUUGCCUCGACCAUCUGAUGGAGAUGUGUAUACUGGCGCCUCCGCCAGACUGGGACUCUCUCGAUCCCCAGAUCUUUGACAAUCCCCCGGAUCCAUCCAUCGUACCAACGAUCCAACAGCUCACCCAGUCAGACACAGAUCUCCCGUGUCUCGCGCGACCAGGCCAUGCGGACUGUUUCAGUGUGCUGCCCCGGGAGAUCAUCGAGAUGGUCCUCACACGGUUACUGGCGGUGGAUGUGUUCCAUCUGCGGCUUGCAUCACGCACCCUGGGGAGCAUCUUCUGGAGCCAGACCUUCUGGAAGAGCCGGUUCGCCGUGGAUGGGGAGCGUGGCUUUCUCCACUCGGCGACAGCGAGGAAGAGUGCCGGCCAGAUCAAUUGGCGGCUGCUCUAUCGCUGCACGAGUCCCUCGCGACUCUACGGCUCCUCCCUGUGGAACUGCAAACGCAUCUGGGAGGUGAGCAGAUGGUUCAUUGUGACCCUGUCGAUGGCGCGCAGAAUCCCUGCAGCCCAGGCGUCGCCCGAUGCCUUCCACUGGACCAACGUCCAGGGAGACGACCGCGAUGGGGAUCCCUGGAAUUGUGUGCCUCUGGGGACCUACUUUGGCCUCCCUGUCGCCACGUACCGGAUCGAGAUCCCGCCAGAUCUGGUGAGCAUCACCGUCACCGUGAUCAGGGAGAAGGAUGUGACCUGGGUGACGGCUCUGCAGCUGUUGUCUGCCACCCAUCCAGCAGUCUGUGUCGGGUACAUUGCGCAGGCGCCCGAGAUCCAACAUUACACAGUCGCGCUUCCCUCUGCAUCAUCCUUCCAGGGCUUCGAGGUCGCUCUCAGCAGCGGUGGGAUACGCGCUCUCCGCGUCUGCUCCCGCUCGACGGGCCUCUCGUCCUGGUUAGGGAAUCCCAUCGAUGCCCGGGUGGCCCCCCAGCUGGAGCCCGUGUACCGGGCCUGUCUCACCCGCCGUCUGGUGUCCACAGGCGAUAUCGAUGCUCUCCAGGUGACAUGUAACAUGUAUCGGGUUGUCGGCAUCGGUAUCGGGCAGCGAGAUUCCUCACAUCGCGUGGAUUUCCGACAGCAGGCGCUCUGGCACCCGUGUGUUCCGGCCUCCAGCCUGUCUCUCAACGAAGACUCGUUUGAAGCCAUUCCUGCCGCGCUGGGACCGGGCUAUCACCCGCUGUACUGGGUGCUCUUUGGGGGGCCCGACGGACACGCCCUGCGCGAGCUGACCAGCCUUUCCUUCAUGCUGUCCAGCCAGAUUCCCUUUUACUAUCUCCAUGAGCCAUGUCCACGGGUCGAGUUGCUCUUUGGGUAUGAGCCGGUCUCCUCGCUGGGCGAUUUGCCGCAAACGAGGGAGCGUCGGUCUCGACUCGCUGACGACCUCCCGGAUCCCAAGUAUGUCUUUCGCAUUGAUGGGCCUGGCGGCGAACGCAUCGAUGCUGUCUACGUCGCGGAGAUGGCGGAAGGCAACAAUAGACGGUACGCUGAUGUCUGGGGGCCUCGCAGAUACAUGGUCUGUCACUACAUGCUCUUGUUCCCAGCCACUGCUAACGGCCACAUUCAGAUCUCCACCAACCGUGGCCGCUUCUGCCGACUUGGACGACAUCCAACCCGGUUUCGAUCCCGGCAAGAGGCAGAAGCAAAUGAUGGCCUGUCGUUCACCAAGAUCCAGACCACUCCGGGGACAACGAUUGUUGGGUUUUAUGCAUUCAAGACCGCCGAGUGUUCUGUCUUACAUCUAGGAGUGAUCUCAUCGUAG